AUGGAUAGUAUUCAGUGGCUUGAGAUUUUGAGUAGCCUCGUGGGGACGAGGCUAAACUGGUACUUCAACUCCUUGCAGAGCGAGUGCUUCCCUGUGUGCUUCCUCUCGGAUGUAAACAUGGUUGUCUCUGCGCCUACUGGGAGUGGUAAGACCGUACUGUUUGAGCUUUGCAUUCUGAGGCUCCUCUCGAGGUUCCUCACAACGGACUGGAGGUUCAGUCUGCUAAAAGGAACUCUUAAAACAAUCUAUAUCGCUCCCAUGAAGGCGUUGGUGCAGGAGAAGAUGCGUGACUGGAAAGUGAAGCUGGGCUCGUUGGGGAUAAAUUGCUUGGAGAUGACUGGUGAUAGUGAAUUCUUUAACAAGAAGGCCAUACAUGAUUCCGAUUUGAUCCUGACCACUCCUGAGAAGUUCGAUUCUAUGAGCCGUCAUGGAGUAAGGGAUGGAGGAUUGGGUUUCUUCAGUGAUAUUGCUCUGGUCCUUAUUGAUGAAGUUCAUCUUCUCAAUGAUCCACGUGGAGCUGCCCUGGAAGCAGUGGUCAGUAGAAUAAAAAUGCUUUCUCGACUUGGCAACAUGAAAUCUGCUCCAUUGGAAAAUGUUCGAUUCAUAGCAGUUUCUGCAACUAUCUCUAAUGCUGAGGAUAUAGCGGAAUGGCUCCUAGCACCUCCUGAAGGAAUCAAAAGAUUUGGAGAAGAGAUGCGGCCAGUGAAGUUGACAACCAAAAUUCUUGGUUAUGCUCCAGCGAAAAAUGACUUCCUGUUCGAGAGGAGGCUACAAAGUUUCAUAUUCGAUAUACUGAUGCAACACUCAAGAGGGAAGUCUGCACUUGUUUUCUGUUCUACAAGAAAAGGUGCACAAGAAGCAGCACAGUGCCUCUCACAAACUGCGGGGUCUCUUGGCUAUUCAAAUCCAUUCAUGAAAUCUAUGCAGCAGUAUGAACAUCUACGAGAGGCUUCCUUAACCUGUAGUGACAAGCAGCUGCAGUCUUGUAUCGUACAUGGAGUUGGUUUCCAUAAUGGUGGUCUUUGCUUAAAGGAUAGGAGUCUUGUUGAGGGUCUUUUCCUGAAGGGUGAUCUUCAAAUUCUAUGCACGACAAAUACUUUGGCACAUGGCAUCAACUUACCUGCACAUACAGUAGUGAUAAAGUCGACACAAUUUUUCAACAAAGAGAAGGGCUCGUAUGUAGAAUAUGAGAGAUCCAUGGUGCUUCAGAUGUGUGGUAGGGCUGGCCGUCCACCAUUUGAUGAUACUGGAACAGUUGUAAUUAUGACAAGAAGAGAGACAGUUGUAAUUAUGCCCAGAAGAACCAAACAGAAAUAG